GAAAAACCGACCAUGCGACCGACCAACAAUCAUCACAAAAAGACUAAAAGAUUUAAGUUUUUGCAGACAACACGACGACAGCAACACUGGCCGGUAGAGGCGCUCAAAUACACUCUAGCGCUUUUUGGGGACCAAGCCAAAAAAGGUUCUUCAGGCUUUGAAAAUUGAAACUAUUGAGUACUGAGCAUCCCAUGUGCGGCGCGUAGUCUGCUAAACAAAAUCAUGUGCUUACUUGUUUAAAAAAACAAUUGGGUACUGAUACCUAUUUAUAGUGAUUUUUGCAGUCUUUGUUCUUUUCAAAAAUAUUCAGAUUCCUUUAAAUUCUUAGUUUAUGCAAUGAGUGAUGAAACCCCUGCCUCGCCUGCCAAAAAGAAGUUUAAGCAAAUGAGCAUAAUGGAUACCAUGUCAAAUGCUGGUUUCACAAAAAAAAAUUCGACAGAGUCAACACCUAACAACACAGAUUGCGCUAUUAAUAUGGAACCAGAUGAAUGUGAUGUUGUCAUUGUUGAACAGUCAGUUAUAGCCACUGUUGAUACAACCAUUGUAACAAGUGUGUUAGGAGAACAAUGGGCUGAAACAGAAAUUUCGUCUUUCAAAUGGAAGGGAAAGCCUCUAUCCGAGAUGUACAAUUUGUUUGAUCCAGAGUGCAAGCAACUACAUAGCAUUGAACCUGGAAGAACUCACACAGUUUUGUUUAAAGUUUCAACACCAUAUGCACUUGGUGCUAUUCCUGAACCAUACCCCGCAAAUUAUAGUGACAGAUGGGAUCCUGAACACGUUAAGAUGCCAUGUUCACCCAGUAAUUUAUAUCCAAUCAGUGUCAAUGGUAAUUCUACUUUAGAGCAAAGAUGGAAACUGAUUAAAGAAGCCUUUUGUGGUAAACAAAUCAGGAGCUCAAUUGAACUUGAGAAGGCAAUUUUAUCCUACAAUAGUCGUUAUAACAAUAUUUGGAAUUUUAAUAGAUUUCAUGAGUUUGUUGAUCAGAAACUGACCCCAAACGAAAGAAAGCGAUUUUUUGAUCACAUUUUGCCGGGUGUCAUUCGGUUAGCCAUCGAACUUCCAGAGAGAGUCACCGGAACUCCGACUUUGCUAACGCGCAACAAAUCACAGAGCCUGUCAAUGUCUCAGUCCCAAAUUUCUUCUUUGUUAGCAAACGCAUUCCUUAGCACGUAUCCACGCAGGAACACCCAAAAGAGACAGUCCGAGUUCUCUACUUACCCAGACAUAAAUUUUAUCAAGCUUUUUGAAAAUAAAUCGAGGUCUGCUGCCGUUUAUGAAAAGUUGAAAUGUCUUCUAAAUUACUUUGACCGCGUUAUAACUAAAGAGCCAAGUGGUGUGGUAACUUUCACUCGUCAAGUAGUACGUGAUUCAGAAUUUCCUAACUGGGAGACAGCGUCAGAGACUUUCGGUGGAUUUCAUGUCUCCUCCGAAGGGACUAUUGAAAAAGAGGGUAUCGGUCUACUUCAAAUGGAUUUUGCCAACAAAUUUUUAGGAGGAGGUGUUUUAAACUGGGGAUGCGUCCAAGAAGAAAUCCGUUUUGUCAUUUGUCCGGAAUUGAUUGUUGGUUGUUUGUUUUCUGAGGUGAUGGAAAGCAAUGAAGCUCUAGUCAUAACCGGUUGUGAACAGUACAGUUGUCAUUCCGGUUAUGGAGAUACUUUUCGGUUUGACGGAGACUUCGUUGAUCAAACUCCCCGUGAUGCUCAUGGUCGAAGACUGUGCCAGGUAGUCGCCAUAGAUGCUAUCCCGUUUAACCGGAAGGAAACGCAGUACAAAAAGGACUCUAUUAACCGGGAACUUCGGAAGGCUUAUGCUGGAUUCCAUUGCCAACGUCGAAUACCCUUGACUGCUGUGGCUACAGGAAACUGGGGCUGUGGUGCUUUCCGUGGUGACCCACGACUGAAGUGCUUAAUUCAACUCAUGGCAGCUGCCGUUACCCACCGAGAUGUGGUUUAUUUCACUUUCGACGACAACCAACUCCGCGACGACGUUUACAACAUGUACUCUUUACUCGUUGAGAAAAAAGCGACCGUCGGCAGCUUGUACACCAUGCUCUGUGAUUACGGACAACAGAUUGGAGACUCCCGAUCUCCUUCGCUGGAUCUCUACGGCUACCUGUAUGCAUUGCUGGACUCCAUGGAUUCUGAGGAUGGAGCCGCUGACUGCAGCAGCUCACUAUCCAACACCAACAACAGUGCUGUAGAGAGUGACUUCGAUGUGGUGAUGGAAAAAGACAAGUAAGCUUUCGAAGCAUCCGUAAACCUUGUGUGAAUUCCUCUCAAUGUCAAUUUGAUAAAUCUGUGUCAAUCUGAAUUCAGAUUGGUUUCCCGUUGGCAUUCUUCGCCAUGACUACCUAUAUAUAUAUAUUAUCCGUAUUGAUCGUUUGAUUGUUCUGGAGCAUUUUUCGAUCGAUAUGUAAAAUUCGUUUUAUAUCUGGUGGUUAUACCAAUGCAGUAAAUGUCAUUUUUUUUUU